AUGACAGUUGUGGAUGAACGCGAUCAAUAUGAUAUGUAUGACAUGUCUUUUGCCCAGGCCCUUUUGGAUGCUAUGGAGAGGAAACUUGAUGACAGCAGCGGUUCAGAUUCAGACCUUCUGAGCACUUAUUUUGGCUCGGCAUUGAAGCUCUGUACAGCCAGUAAGGAAGCGCGACGAUACUGUCGUUUGAAGAUUCUGCCACCGCUUGGAGCCGCCGAUGUUGCUCGUCCUCCGGAUGAAGGGCAAACGCUCAGAAACAAAGUGAUUCGUGUGAUGAUGAGCCCUGUGUUUUCGAAAGAUCUCGCUUCAGAGUUUAUGUUCGUCCUCUGCAAACGAUCAGUGAAUCGUCUCAUCAAAUAUACUGGUCUUGGACAUUCAGCUGGUUUACUUGCUAACUCUGGAUUACUUGGACAAAUCAAUGCGCCGAAGAGCGCUUCAGACAGUGAGGAUUCAGAGACUGAAGACUACAGGGCAGUAGAAGACAAUUUGCUACGUAUACAUUGA